AUGCUCAAUGAAAAUAAGCUCAAGGCCACAUUCUUUGUCAACGGACAAAACUUUGACUCGAUCACGUCGAGGGGAGAUGAACUUAAACAAAUGCUUGACGGGGGACAUCAGAUCGGGUCGCACACCUUUUCUCAUCCGGAUCUCUCAAAAAUCUCUGCGGAUGAAGUGAGAACAGAGAUGACAAAGCUCGACAACGAGCUGGCCACACUCAUUGGCAUGAAGCCGACAUACAUGCGACCGCCCUUCUUUAGCACCGACGACGAGGCCUUGCAGGUCUUGGGACAGAUGCAAUAUCACGUUAUCAACGCUGAUAUCGACACCAAGGACUUUGAAAAGACGACGCCCGAGACCAACGACGAGGCGUUCGAAAACUUCAAACGGGAGUUUGGCAAUGGAGGCACAAUCUCCCUGAUGCAUGACGUGCACAACACGACGGUCAACCAGCUGAUACCCAAUGUCAUUAAUUUUCUUAAUGGGCCGGGGAAGGGCAAGCAAUCAAUGACAGUCGGAGAGUGCCUGGGCGACGCGCCUGCUAAUUGGUAUCGAACCGGCAGCGGUGGCGGCAACGGCACCGGCAAGGCAGGCGAACCGGCACCGGACGGCCAAAAUUCAAAAAUGGAAAAGUUGAAAGAAAACAUGCAAGAAAAGAUCCAGAAUCAACAGGAAAAGUCCAAGGGGAGACUUGAGGCAAAGAUAGGGCAAAUGGAAAAGUUUAGGGAACAAGUCGGUGAAGCACUGAAGGGGAAGACUGAGGGGAAGCCCAAAGGGCAAUCCAUGGGCAUGGAAGAGUCCAAGGGCAUGGAAGAGUCCAUGGCCGAAUCCAUGAGCAAACCGAUGGCAUAG